AUGGAGGUGUUGGUACCGAGUAUAGUGAACUCCGCCGUCACCGCCGCCGUUGUGUCGAAGCUCGUCGCGCUGCUAGAGCUAGCGAAGGAGGAGGAACACGACCGCCGCCUCGUCGACGACAUCGGGUCCAUGAAAAGAGAGCUGGACAUGAUCGCCGGCGAAACAGAGGACGACCUGAUCUCGCGGAGGACGGACCGGCGGCCCCCCGGCGUGGUGCGCCUCAAAUCCAGGGAGGAGAUGCGCGACUUGGCGCAUGACAUGGAGGACUGCCUAGACCGCUUCCUGCCCUGCACCGUCUGCGGCGGCAAGCUCCCGUCGUCCACCAGCCGUCAGCAGUUCGCGGCGGAGGUCAAGAGGCUCAAGGAGCGACUGGCUGCUGCGCACGAGCGGAGAGGCCGCUAUAAAGACGACGACAACGCCGGAGCGCAGGAGGAGAUCAGCACGGCGGCGGCGCCGGCGGCAGCCACGCCUGCUGUCGGCAUCGACAUACCCAAGCAGGAGGUUCUCGAGCUGUUAGGCCUGCAGGCACAGGCCGACGACGCCGGUGACGAGCCGCCGCAGCUGAGGGUGAUCCCAAUCGUGGGAUUCGGCGGCUCCGGGAAGACGACGCUCGCAAGGGCGGUGUAUGACAGCCUCGCCGGUGAAUUCUCCUGCCAUGCCUGGGUCGAGGCGCGGCGGUACAAGGGUACCGAGGAGCUCCUUGCCGCGUUACUCCACAAGCUGCUUCGUUCUACAGGAUCGCUGACUAGUCAAGGGCUAGUACACUCCCAUCUCCAGCAUCUCCAGUCCGACAUAAAAACGUAUCUGAUGAAUAAUAAGAGGUAUUUUAUUGUAUUCGAUGAUAUCGAGGAGCAACAGUGGGAAUCUAUCAAGUCCAUCUUCCCUGAAGAAGCAGGAAGCAGAAUAAUAGUGACAACGAGUAUGCAGCAAGUAGCUAAAGCCUGCAGCAGCCAUGGCAAUGGGUAUGUGUACAGCAUGAGAGCUCUUGACGAAGAGCAUUCCAAGGGUUUGCUAGAUGCAGUUCUGGGUGAAUAUUCACCUGGGCUGCAUCCAUCGUCAAUCGUGGAUAAGUGCGAUGGCCACCCGCUCGCUCUUGUCAGCGUAGCCAAUUUCUUAGCAAGGGAGGAUUUGGCCACAGAAAGAGAACGUGAACAAUUCUGCCGUGACCUGGGUUAUCACAUGCAAAAAUCGGUCGUCUUCUCAAAGCUUCGACAAGUUCUUACGGACAUCUUCGUCGGCCUGCCUGGCAACCCUCUGAGAACAUGCUUACAGUACAUGUGUGUGUUCCCAAAUGGUCGGGAGAUCAAGAGGAAAAAUCUGAUCAGGCGAUGGUUAGCCGAAGGAUACGUGCAGUGUCAGUUUCCACGCAGCGAUCAGGAGGUUGCAGAUGACAACUUCAGGGAACUGACCGACCGGAGCAUCGUCCGGCCAAUCGCCGCGGGCAAGAACGGGAAGGCGAAGACAUGCAGGACGCACGGCAUCAUGCACGAGUUCAUGCUGAGGGAGUCCAUGUCCAGCAAUUUCAUCACGUCGCUGCGCGACCCAAACCGAAGCAAUUCCUGCCACCUCUUCGUCGCCCAGACGAAGAACCCCUGCGGCAGCGGCAGCACGGUGGCACCGGGCACCAUGACCAACCCGGCAGCGGCAACAAGCGGCGAUCCCAAGAAGAAACUCCGCGCGCGGUCUCUGACCAUCUGCGGGAAUGCAGGAGAGCAUGCCGCGUGCUUCAACCAGUGUGAGCUUCUGAGAGUCUUGGAUCUCGAGGAAUGCGGCGACGGUGACAUCGAUGGCAUAGGUAGGCUGUGCCAUCUCAAGUACGUCAGCCUCGGGGGCACCGUCGCAAGUCUUCCAAGGGGACUCGGUAGGCUGCACUGCUUGGAGACACUAGACCUGAGGAAGAGCAGUGUAGAGACGGUAGUGCCCAUUGAAAUCAUCAGGCUCCCUCACCUGGCUCAUUUGCUUGGGAAGAUCAAGGUUAACAAGGAGUUGUUUAAGAUAAGUAAACAUCAAAGGAUCCUGUCAAAACAAAGUAACCUGCAGACUCUGGCAGGAUUUGUGUUGGACAACACCUCUGCAUUGCCGCAGCUGAUGGCUCACAUGAAGAUGCUGAGAAAGGUCAAGAUAUGGUGCAGUUCCUCCACUGACCUGCAAGGUGGCAAGAGCUGGGCGCACCUUCUGAAGGCCGUCAAUAAGUUCGUCCAGGAAGGCAUCGACACCGCCACUGAAUCUCGUUCUCUGUCGUUGUACCUCGGAAAUACCAUUGCCAACUUUCUUCAUUCUCUAGAUGCCUUGUUUCUGAAAGAUCAUUCUCUAGGGAACUCGUAUGGCUAUCUGACAUCACUCAAACUGCAUGGUGAGUUGAAUCAGUUUCCUCGGUUCGUUGCCUUGCUCUGUGGUCUCACUGAGCUGUGCCUUUCAUCCACAAAUUUGUCGGCCAGUGAGCUGUCGAACCUGUGCAAGUUAAGGCGGCUGAAUUACCUCAAACUGGUCCAAGACGACCUUGAGGGUUUCCUAAUCGAAAAGGGGCACUUCCCGGAACUUCGUGGCCUAUGCAUUGUGGUGAGAAGUCCAAAGCUUCCUGUCAUCAGAGAAGGAGCUUCGCCAAAACUCGUCUCGCUUCAGCUGCUCUGUCGAUCUAUGCAUGGUCUCUCUGAAGGCAUCAACAUCACAUGUUUCAAACAACUUGGGGUGGUUGCUCUUGAUUCUAAGGUCAAUCCAGGAACAGUACAGAUUUGGGAAAGCACGGCUAAGAAACAUCCGAAGAGGCCCAGGGUUCUGUUACUUGAAAGGAUCGUUCCAAAUGACACCGAUUCAAUGGUGAAGUACGUUGCUGCCGAGAGACCAGCUCCAAGGAUGGGUUCCCCGCAAUGUGAAAUUGAUGCUGCCCAGUCCAGUUCAACUGGCGAUUUGAUUAGUGCUGACCUGAAUCAUUCACUUCCAGGCCCCUCUUUGGCUUCAACCGAGAUGCCAAGCAUUGGCUUGAUUGGGACAGCUUGA